CUGGGGCUUGAAGAAAUUAGCUCUUCGGCAAAAGUCUUGGUCUGUGAGCGGCGCUUGCAAGCUUAGUAAGCAUGGCUUCUAAUACAAGUGUUCUGAUGCGUCUGGUGGCUUCAGCAUGUUCGGUUGCUAACAAAGCAGGAACAAUUGUCAGGAAAGUGAUGGCUGGUGGAGACUUGGGCAUAGUGGAGAAGUGUGGAGCGAAUGACCUGCAGACUAAAGCAGACCGACUGGUACAGAUGAGUAUUUGUUCCUCCCUGGCACGGAAGUUCCCAAAGGUGGCAAUUAUUGGGGAAGAGGAUCUUCCUUCUGAAGAGGUAAAUGAAGAACUGCUUGAGGAUGGCCAGUGUGAAGAGAUACUGAAGAAAGCAUGUCCUCCUCAGUAUAAUGCCAUCAAAGAGGAAGAGCUUGUUGUAUGGGUUGACCCACUGGACGGAACCAAAGAAUACACUGAAGGUCUCCUUGAUCACGUAACCGUUCUUAUUGGAAUUGCUUAUGAAGGAAAAGCAAUAGCAGGAGUUAUCAACCAACCCUACUACAACUAUGAGGCAGGUGCAGAUGCAGCCCUGGGCCGGACAAUCUGGGGAGUUCUGGGGUUGGGUGCCUUUGGAUUUCAGCUGAAAGAGGUGCCCGCUGGGAAACAUAUCAUCACCACUACACGGUCACACAGCAGCAAACUGGUCAAUGACUGCAUUAGUGCUAUGAACCCCGAUACUGUGGUGAGAGUUGGAGGGGCAGGAAAUAAGAUCAUUCAACUUGUAGAAGGCAAAGCUUCUGCUUAUGUAUUUGCUAGCCCUGGGUGUAAGAAAUGGGAUACUUGUGCCCCAGAAGCUAUUUUGCAUGCAGUGGGAGGCAAGCUUACUGAUAUUCAUGGGAAUUUCUUUAAUUAUAAUAAAGAGGUCAAGCACAUGAAUUCAGGAGGUGUCCUCGCAACCUUGAGAAAUCAUGACUAUUAUGCUACUAGAGUUCCUGAGGCAGUUAAACAAGCCCUUGUGCCUUAAAAGAUGGAUGAUGUAUUCCACUUAGUUGGGAAGGGACUUCUAUAUUAAUCUUAGCUGGAAUCGGUUACUGCUUAUGGAACUGGAUUAACGUUUCCUUCUGCCAUAAUGCUUAGCAAUCUGUUUUUGUUUUGUUAUUAAUUGUUGUAGUAGUGGUUGAGAAUUUGACUUGAUUUUUGGAUGGAAUAAUAUAUUUUCUUUUUCUUAGCAUCCUUAAAAAAUAUACAUGUUUAAUAUGACAAUUCCAUAUACAUUCCUAUUGAACAGUUGGAUCCCAGACUAAUUCCAUUACCUUGUUAACUGAUUGAAACACACAAAAGCUAAUCACACCUCUGUUGCCUUUUGAUGGUACCAAAUACCCUUUGUAUGUAAACAUACAUAUUUUAACUUCUAUAU